GCACUACGGUCUACCGAGACCGCAUUGGAACGUACACGGACUGCCUGCCAGCACACGCACGACCAGGGAACAGACCUUUGCCUGCUGUUUCACCAACGCAUCGCACGAGAACGUAACUUGACGCCCGACUAUGGCGGUCUUGAGCCUACCGCUGUCGUUUACGAACUCGUUCUGGAGCCAGGACUACAGGAAGGGUCUGGAAGUGUUGUACGGGAAGUUAGAACAGGGCAUAGCGGAGAAUGCUGAGAUUGUCACGUUCAUACGGGCUCGAGCAGCCGCCGAAGCAAGCAUCGCUGCGUCGUUAACUAAGACCCCAGCCAUCAGCCCUCAAGGUUUCGGCGCUGAUGAUGGCGCUUCGCUCUUUAUGGCGUUUCAGGGCCUCCAGGCAGAAAGCGCCAGACAGGGUGAAGUUCAUAACGCCAUUGCGAAGGAGCUGCAGUCGCUGGUGGCGGAACCGUUCGAGGUGUGGGCCCGUGGAUUCCAGGAUCGCGUGGAUGAGAGUCGUGAGGAUAUGCUAGAGGGACACCUGCGGUCCUAUGAGCACGCUCAAAGCGAGGUUGCAAAGCUGAAGCACCAGUAUUUGAACAAGACUCGCAAAGCGGACGAGGCCGAAGACGAUGCGCGCUUUGCGCCUGGUGCGAACGGUGCUACCGAUAAUUACACUACCUCUCCCCGAUUGAGCGCGACCGGCGCGCCGAACCGUACCCCUCGGGCGCCGCCGAACCGCACGCCGAGCGUCUCCGAGCGUAUCGCCAACCGACUGAAAGACAUCCAGCGCAAGACCGCCGCCAACCUCGCUGCGCGCGAAGACGGUGACAGCGCCAAGGAUAAGGAGAUCGACAAGCUCGAGAUGACGCCAGAGAUGAAGGCUUCCGACGACGACAAGAAGCCGCUCCUUUCGAAGGUCGACAAGGGGAAAGGCAAAGCGACCAACGAGGAGCACGAAAUACCCCCGGCACCGGAGGAGACAGGCUCGCCGCCGCCGUUGUCGCCUCCGCUUCCGCCGCAGAAGCUGAGCAUUCGCCCACCGCCGCCGGGCUCGCCCAUGCCGCCCCUGCCUCCGUCGCCCAUCCUUGUGGCGGGCAUCUCCCUCCCGCCCGCAGCCAUCUCUGCGCUUCUCACGCGCGCCGCCGCCGAGCUCCCGCUGCGCCCUGUGCGCUUCCCGCUCAUCGGCGAAUACAAGGACUGCUUCUCGGGCGAGGAGUUCGUCACAUGGUUGAACGAGAACGUGGAGGCCUUUGGUGGAAGCUUGGAUCGUGCGGAGGACGCGGCGAAGGAUCUUGCGGAGCGCGAGGGUCUGCUGAGGCGCGUCGGCGAGUUUGGAAACAUGUUCGAGAAUGCGGACGACGCGUUCUACCAGUUCCGGCCCAAGGCCUUCGAGCUCGACAAGACCCGCGCACACAAGCCAGACAACCUCGCCUCGCCCACGAAGAACACCCUCGCCCCUAUUGCGGACUCCUUCGUCAAGCGCUCUGGCACGUUUGUUAACCUCGUCAGCCGGGCCAUGCAGGCCAACACGAAUGGAACUCAGGAGCCCCCCUACGUCCGCCUACGCCACGACGCCGAGGCUGCCGAUCGGCAGUACCGCGUCGCCGUGCGCAAGCUCGACCGACAGCGGCUCGGGCUUGAGGAGCGCAUUGAGGAGACGCUCAAGCGCUUGCAACGCUGGGAGACCGACCGCCUCCGUGCGGUCAAGACAGUGUUGCUGCAGUACCAGGGCACGCUCGCGAACCUGCCGAAGGGGAUCGAGGGCUCGCUCGAGACGAGCGCGACGCUGAUCGCGAGCUACCAGCCCGAGUCGGACUUGACGGCGCUGAUCGAGCGCUACAGAACGGGUCCGUUCCGGCCGACGCCGCAGGUAUACGAGAGCGUGGUGCAUGACGAGGCGGACGUGGUGUUCGGCAUCGACCUACGCAAGUGGGCGGAGGGCGGAUGGAGCGCGAUCAUGAACGGGGAGGAGAAGAAGGAGCUCGUGCCGCCGGUGUUGAGCGCGCUGCUGAAGGCCGUGAGCGAGGGCUAUGCAAAUGCACCCAACGAUGCCGAGAAGCGCAAGACUUGGAUCUACGAAGUGCCUCUGGCCGCCGUGCACCAUUUGCGCGAGAGCCUGAACGGCGUUCCGAUUGACCAGCCUAUCCCAGCGGGCGUGUUGGCAAAAUACGACCCACCGGUGCUGGCGAGUGCCAUCAAGCUCUGGGCUCUCGAGCUCGACCCACCUCUGGCGCUAUACGAGGGCUGGGACGAGAUUAGGAAGAUAUACCCGCCUGUGGGAUCCGCAAAGGCAGAGGGCGAAUCGACGGAGAAGAAGCUCGAGAACUUGCAUAACGCCUUAAUGAGGUUACCGAAAGUGCACCUUUACGUGCUCGAUGCUAUCCUCAGCCAUUUGAAGAGCUUGAUUGAUUCCACUACUGCGGAAGAGUCAAACGAGGUCUACAUCACGAAGCUCGCGUUGACACUGGGCAGGACGAUCUGCCGACCUCGCCAAGAGACUUCAAUUUCGAUUCAGGACCGGCACCCGACACAAUUCUUCAUGGAUCUACUCAAGUACUACGACCAACUCCUGCCGCCCACUAUCACCAAGAAGAAGCGCGAAUCCGAGCGCAAGGUGCCUAUUCGGAAGCGUACUGCUCCGAUCGACAUGCGCAUGCACCGGAGCCGGUUGUCCGUCGGCAGCGACGUGCGCGAGCAGCUUGCCGCCGUAGAGACGGGCAAGAAACUUCCGCCUGUGGUUGCACCGGAGCCGGUCCGACCGCCUGUCAUUCCCGAGGUUGUCAACACCCCUGCGGAUCCUGCUAUUCCGGCCCCAACGGAGAUGGCGGAAGCAACCGUUAGGCCUGUGGCCGGGGCCCCUGCGCCUGCUGCUGCACCUGCACCAUCGCCUGCCCCUGCUCUCGCCCCCUUGGAUCGCGAUGCCCCACCCCCGAGACCCCAUUUCAAGGAGCCUCCGCCUGAGGAUGACGACCUUCCUCCGCGUCCGAACUUCAAGGAGCCGCCGCCCGAGAUACUGCCUGAGAGUGAACCCUCCGCGGCCGUGGUGGAUGCUACGCCUGCCUCACCUCCGGCCACGUCGCCAACAAAACCAUCCACGCCUACCUCCGCUGGGAUAGCGGCGGCAGCCAAGUCGCGCAGUCCGUCGCCGCGUACGAGCACGCCGGUCAGCCCGAACCCCGUGGACGGUGCAUCGCUUUCGCGCCACACCUCGACUGACUCCUCUCGCUUACGUGGCCCGCGUGGAGCAAGGGGCCCGAGAGGACCGGGCGUCAGCAACAUCGUCGCUAACCUCAACCGACAGUCGAUGAGCGGUCCGGGGAGCCCACCCGCACCGGCCACGCCACAGAGCGCGAAGAGGCUCUCGAGGAGCCCGCCGCCGAACCAGAAGGGCGAUACCGCUGUGAAGAGGCUUAGCCGCACCGGCGCGUUCUCGAGGAGAACGGUUGCGAGCGACGCCGAGGAUGAGUUAGUGGGGAAAUAGGUGAUCUGGUACUAUGAUCUGUGUGGAAUACCGAAGGAGAUGGACGUUCGGAUGCUCAGCUAUGUGCCGCCUGGUGUGGAAUAUGUUACCGAGCUAUGUUUAUCUAUGUUUGCUAUGCACUGCUUCACUGUCGCCUCUUGCU